CAGUCCGGCCGUUUUAGUGCAACGGAACAGCUUCCGGCUUAUAAUUUUGACAUUGAGGAAGUUUAGAAUUGUAUCAACAUGGCGUCAGUCUCUUUAAACACGUUAAAGCAAAUGAUUCGAAUUAUGGCAGAAUGUUCAGGCUUCGACAGAGUCAUGAGCAAGGUGGACGUUCUUGCUGCCACGCCGGGCAAAGUAGUGUGUGAGCUGCGGGUGGAAGAGGAGCACACCAACCGGUUAGGGACGAUGCACGGCGGUCUGACAGCUACUCUGGUGGACGUCAUCUCCACCCUGGCCAUCAUGAACAGUGAGAGGGGAGCACCGGGGGUGAGCGUCGACAUGAACAUUACAUACAUGAACGCAGCAAAGAUCGGAGAAGAUGUUCUAAUUACCGCUGAGGUUCUAAAGCAAGGGCGCACACUGGCCUUUGCCACUGUGGAUUUAACCAACAAGGUCACUGGGAAGCUGAUCGCACAAGGAAGACACACCAAACACCUUGGCAGCAGCUGAACACGCUCUGUUUUAACUCACACUAAACAUGUAAAUGGUUAAAACAACAUUCUAAGAAAGUCACCCACCCAAUCAUUCACACACAUGCAAUAAAAAAAGUGGACAACAA